GUCUCUCUGCUCUGUAGGCUAGGUUGAUAUUCUUUCUCUUCGAAGUAGCAAUUUGUUGACUAAACAAAUUAAAAUGACUGCACCUAAGCCAGAAUUGUGCGAAAAUGAAAAGCUUAUUUUCAAGAACAUCGAAUCUGGUAAUGUGGACAUGGUUCGUAGCUUGCUUAAUCAGCCGGAUGUAAGGAUUGAUGCUUUAGAUGAGCAUGGUAUGACCCCAUUGCAACAUGCAGCUUUUAAAGGGAGUCAUGAACUCCUUCAACUCUUCUUAGCCCAUGGAGCUGAUGUUAACAACAGCCAACAUGAAAACGCCUACACUGCACUCAUGUUUGCUGCAAUCUCAGGCCAUCAAACGAUUACAAAGCUGUUACUAGAGGCAGGUGCCAAGACAACAUCACUGAACUCCGUAGGCCGGACUGCUGCCCAGAUGGCUGCAUUUGUUGGGCAGCACACUUGUGUUAGCAUCAUCAACAACUUCUUUUCAAGGGAUAAGCUUGAAUACUACACCAUACCACACGGAUUUGAGAAAGAGCCGAAGUUAUCUCCCCAUCUCAGUGGAUGUGUAUACAACCUUGUCCUCAUCAACAACCUCAACCCUGUUAAAAUUUGUUUGUUUGUGCUGAAGAACGAAGAGAUACUAAAUAAUGCAACUUGUAUCGCAAGGGUUCUUGACUGUAUCUGUGAGCAGCAGAUGAAACAGAAGGACACUAACGAGGUAUUAUCAAUGAAAAUGCACUAUUUGUCAGCUAUCCUGCGGACAUGUCACAAGUACUUGGUUGAAAGGAACGAACCUGUUAGCCAGUUCAUCAAAUACUUGCUUAUUGGCAGGGAAACUGAUGGUGCACAACUUAACAUGGACAAGUACAUCCGAGUAACAAUAAGGGACUUUCCCUAUCAUGAUGCUGCUCUGUUUCAACAGUUGGUUCGGAGUCUAGCAGACCAAAGUAAUGAGCCUGCUGCACUCUCUUGUCUGGUACAGGUCAUUAAUGGUCUACACAUGGCGACGGAUGAAAAGAUUUGCUCGACAUGUGGAGAAGCAGGUGCACAGAAGAAAUGCUCUGCCUGUAAAUUGUGCAAUUAUUGUGACCAAUCCUGCCAGAAGCUUCACUGGUUCACUCACAAGAAAGCUUGCAAAAACCUCACAGCUGAACGCAAAAGAUGCGAAGUGGAAAAUAAACAGCAAGCGGAGAAUGAGGAGGAGAGUCAAGCAAAGGAAGAUACUAAAAAUGGUGAGAAAGUACACAAAGGUAGUGAGGUGGAGGAAAUCAAGACAAAAAAAGAUGUAGGCAAAGGUAGCAAUGAUACAGCAUCUGAGGCUAGCAAACCAGAAGAGGUCACGCAGAAGGAAGCUAAAGAGGGCCACCAUGCAAAGAUCAAGGGGGAUAUGAAAGCGCUGUCUCUAGAUGACAUCACAUUGAGUGAAGACAUGAAGAAAAUGCUGAAAGAGCAUGCAGGAAAGAUACCACUAGGCUGUCCAUUUUCUGGGAUGGGUAAAUAGUAAGUAGGACAGCCUUUGCUAUGCUGUUGUGCUUUCAGUCAGUCGAUGUUAGCUGUUGCUCAGAUCGUACAAUCCCACAUGACAUUUGAGGGAUCACCAUUACAUGUUUUUUCAACACCAGAUAUAUGCAUUAUUUUGUCUACAUCAUUGUAUUAACAUUUCUCAAGGGUCAUAGUUCAUAGAUGGGACAGGGUAUUAAGCUCUCUACACACUAUCAAAUUUUCUUAGGCAAAAAGCUGUUAUAUGCCCAUGUAGUCACAAUGUGCCUAUAUAUGGUCAUGAUGUGAUGUCAUCUUGACCAUAUUUAGGCAUGUCACAUGUUUUUGUCAAAUAAAAUGUGAUAGUGUUGACAGGGCUUUAGUAUUUUAAGCAGCUAUAGUGUAUGAUUUAACAACCCUAAAGAGCGAUUCAUAAGAAAUUCUUUUCCUUCCAUACUUAAACAAAAUAGGCAGCGGGAGCAUGUGUUUACUGCUUGAAGUUUUUUUUUUUUUGCUACUUUCUAUGUGAGGACUUGAUUAUUGUAAAAUUUCUGGUUGAAACUCUUGGUCACUAUUCAUUUGUGUGGUUUUUAGGGUGGAUUACAAUUACAGUAUGGGUUAAUAAUAAGUAAGUGCAUACAUUAAGCUGAGCUUUUGAAAAUAAUAACCUAGCACGAUUUCUGUGUUGGCAAUUCACAUGAAUAACUGUACAAGUAAGAGGUUGUCAACCUUUUAGUUAUUUCUAGGACAGGUCUAACUGUUCAUUUCUAUAUUUCACUUAUGACGCAAUGGUAUUCCAUCAUUCCUCCAACUGGAUUUACUCUUACAACUUACAAGAGAGAUGAUAGCAAAGUAUCUGCUGCCCCCACAAGGAGGCAGUAGACACACAAAUUUACUUAAAUGUAAAUCAUUAGAACUUGGUUCUUUGCUUAAAAUCAACCUGACAUAUCAUCUAAAUAGUUUUGGAGCAUCUGUAUGAAACUUGUUUAUGUACAAUUCAGAAGUGUACAAAAUGAGAAGUUUGGUCGAACUUCCAAAUUGGUCGAAGGGAGUUGAACAAGUUAAUGAAUCAAUAUUCAGAAAAAAAAUGUCGGACUAAAUAUGUGGUGUGCUUACAAGAGACAUACAGUGAUUUGACCUAAACAAUGUUUUUUUUAAUAUUGCUAUAAUAUUAAUUCAUCAGACUUUACAAGUAAUGCAUUGAUCAAUCAAUCAAUCAAAAAUGAUACAUAGAUUUAGGUGCUUCAAAGAAAUUUAGCUAUCGUGUAGGGCCACAUUUAUCCAACAGAACAAUUUUUCAUGGUAGAAUGUAGGUUGGUAUUGUUGGAAAAUAUUAAGACAAUUGGUGCAAUCUUCUUAUUUCGUGUCUCUUCUCUCUAUUACUCACCAUCGAAGUAUUACUAAAGUAUAUACCUUUUGCACAACUUGUUUUAUAUGCAUUGAUAGAUUGUACGGGUCUAUGAGUUACUGUUAAAUGUUGAUAUUUUGGUGUUUGUUGUGUUAUAGGUGACAUCGUAUUAUCUAGUUUAAUGGUUGUUGAUUAGUGUAUGCAGUGGAAUAUUGUAUGCUAGGCAGAGUUUAAUUUUAUAUAUGGGGCAACUUCUAUACUGGGAGAAAAUACUAAUUAAAAUAAACUUUUUAAGUACAGUGACUUUAUUGAGAGGUGAGAUUUUAAAUUACCAUACCUAUAAAUACUUCAUGUUUUACGGCUUAAAUGUUCGAUUUAUAGGGGUCUCAGGUUGGGAGGUCUAUUGUAUUGAGCUUUUUUAACAUAUCUUGAUUGUACUUUACUGUGCUUCAUCAUAUCAUUGGCUAGCUAGCUUAAGUAAAACAAUAAUGCUCUAGUAAAAACAUGCAAAUGUUCUGAAUUUGCAGGAGAUAGGUUAGUCUCUUGGAGAUUUUUUUCACAAUUCGCAUUAAUCUUUGGACCAAAUUAGUUGUAAUUGAGAAUUGGUUGUCAAUUGGAAUAAAGUAAAUUUGAGGUUAACCUGUUUUAAUUCAUAGUUACCACUCAAAAUGUGAGUGCCAUUCACAUAGAAUGUGCAUUAUAGCAAGUUAAUCAUUCAGCCAGCAAGACAAAUCUGAUAACUCCCUAUUUGGAGGUUAGCAAUACUAGUGAAACCAUCUUGUAGUUUCUGUUGACUGAAUAGCUGUUCUUGUGUCUUAUACUGUAUUGCAUUUCAAUGAUCAUUCACUUUACUCUUAUAAAAACACUAUGUACUAACUGAACAAAAAUAGGAGCCAUAUUAGUAAGAUAAUCAAUGCAAAACAAAUAAAUCAAGGUGCUACCCAUUUUAUUUGUUUUAUAGUAUGUGUUUUUAAAAUUUUUAAAAUACUAUACAGUUUUGUGUUGUUGUAUCAACAAAUAUAUAAGAAAAUACUUGGUGUCCAAACCAAGGAUUUCUGUGCUAUUGAGCCACUUUUACUGUUGCUUUUUGCACUAUGUAGAUUUUGGAAUCAGACCAGUUGUAAAAUAGAGUGUAUCCAGGGUCCCUGGUUGGAAGAAUCUGCAUCCGAGAGAUCUGUUUAAAUGAGCUAACACAUCUUAUUAUAUUUUGCUGUGCCUGGUGAUACCAAUUGGCACUGACUUCCGGGAGAGACAAUUGAUAAUACAGUAGCAAAAAUUUCAAAAAACGUAGUGAAUGUGCAAGAGACGAGUUAUUUUUCCGGUACAUUAUUGCUUAUUCACAAGAGUAUGGGAGGAUUUCAGAAGACUUCCGCGAUAUCUGGGAGACUUGGGAACCCUGGUGUAUCAUACUUUUGGUGUCGUAAAUGAACAUUUCAACUGUGUAAUUGAUACUGUGUAAUAAGUCACUGAUAUUCAAGUAUUACACUGCUGGAUACUACCGUAUGUACUCUGUAUUCAUUGAUGCACAUUUUUUUGUUGUUUGUGGUUUUUGCAGAAUGUAUAUAAUCAUGUCUACACACUGUAUGUGGUAAUAUCUUUAUGACAAACCAGUUUAUCACCAAACUUUCUGUAAUCUUUUGUAAGUAAAAUGUAUGUACAGUAUAAUUAAAAGUUAUGCGAAAGUGA